CUCAACACAAACAAACACAAACCAAAACCAAAACUUCUUGUUCUUGUUCUUCUUCUUCAACCAUGAAGAUGGAAGAGCAAAUCGCUAUUCAAGAAGCUGCUUCUGUUGGUUUGAAAAGCAUGGAGCAUCUCAUUCGGAUUCUCUCUUCUCAAACCCCUUCUUCUUCUUCUUCUUCUUCUUCUUCUUCUUCCUCCCAUAACCGCCACCGUCUUGAUCUCAAUAACCUUGACUGCACCGAAAUCACUGACUUCACUGUCUCAAAGUUCAAGCAAGUCAUCAAUCUGUUGAACCGUACCGGCCACGCGCGCUUCCGUCAAGCGCCGUCGCCUUCCCCUGCUCCUCCUCCUCCUCUGUCUCAGCCUCAACCUGAGAAAUUCAACAGCCACCAAUUCAACAACCACCAUCGGUCAACGACUCUUGAUUUUGCUAAACCUGUAAUGGUCAAGUCAAAUCUAAAACCAGAUCUAAUUUCUAAGCCAAAACUGUCCACUGAUUUGUCGGUUUCUCAAUACUCCACCACCACCACCAACUCCUCCUUCAUGUCCUCCAUCACCGGAGAAGGCAGCGUUUCCAACGGCAAGAUCGGCCUCGCCAUCGUCGCCGCCGGCAGGCCACCUCUCUCGUCUUCUCACCGGAAAAGGUGUCACGACGCCACCCUCACCGGAAAAACCUCAUCCUCCGGUAGCCGCUGCCAUUGCUCCAAGAAAAAGAAAUUGCGUGUGAAACGAACGAUUCGAGUCCCGGCGAUAAGUUCAAAGACUGCUGAUAUUCCAACAGAUGAUUUCCAAUGGAGAAAAUAUGGUCAGAAACCGAUCAAGGGAUCACCCUAUCCACGGGGAUACUACAAAUGUAGCAGUGAGAAAGGGUGUCCGGCGAGGAAGCAUGUGGAGAGAGCGCAGGAUGAUCCUAACAUGCUCAUCGUUACCUAUGAGGGAGAGCACCGGCACCUGAUAACCACCACCGCCGCCGUUGGUUUUAUGGCCUGAGAAUAGAUCGGAGAUUCCGAGGAAGACAAGUAUAGGCAAAGUCAACUUUUGCUUUGUGAGAUGUGACUUUUGUGGACAAAAGGAAAGAGGAAUAGUCGUCUACAAGUUGAUGAUAAGAAAUUAAUCAAGGACUUUAAUGUAAAUUUUGACCAAAAAAAUUAGAAUGAAAUAUACAAGUUUUGUUUUUGUGGUUGGAAA